AUGUAUAUUUCAAGGAGAACUGAUAAGAUUACAGGGUCACGCAUAUUUAGAUACGCCCCGCGUGCUGUUCCAAAGAUGGCCGGCCGUAACAGUUCUAUUUUGAUCCUAAUCAGCCUUUAUCUUCACUCUUCUUCUUUCGUACUGGGUAGCGUUUCCAAUACAGAGUUAUCGGCCUUUGUCACUGGGAUAUGGAACGACGACACCAAUGGCGCCUCCUUCUCUGACAUCACAUACAACCUCCAAUCACAUACGUCGAGCUCAUCAUCCGCGGACCUCGCCAAUAACAGAUUGUUCCACUAUGUUAAUGAGAACCAUCUCUUUACGAAACCUACGUACUCCGCUUUCAUCGCCUUGCUUGACAACUUCGACAAAAACACAGCUCAUUCGGAGCAUACGUCAUCGACGGAAACUGCCGAAAUUGACCGAUUCAUUACGGAAGUGAUGAAAACUUCGGUGAUGUCGGAAACUUAUAGAUUUCUGCAUGGCAAAGGCUACACCACAUCAACGACCGCCUUCCGGGAUACGUUAAAGAGCAUAUGGUUUACCCAGUAUUCUCGAUCCGGAACUUCCCACGGAAGUAACGGAUUCGAGCACGUGUUCGUCGGAGAGACAACUAGCACAGAUGUUUCCGGUUUCCAUAACUGGAUUCAAUUCUACCUCGAGGAGAAACUAGGGCACAUCAAUUAUCUUGGCUACAUCUACUCCAAUCAGCCCCGGAAGUUGGGUGUUCACUUUACUUGGUAUAAUAAACCCAAACCCUUGACCACCCUUCUGGUCGGUACCAGUCCGGAGUUUGACCUCGCCGUUUUGACAACCUGUUUCUUGGUCCGGAAAAACACCAAUUGUCACUUCGAUAUGGCGGGAAACUACCUCACGGUGAAAUCCUAUGACGUCAGCUAUGUCCAUGGUGAUCAAGUGGCUACAGCCUAUUUUAAUUAAAAAGAUAUUAUUUAAAAUGUUUUGUAGAUACAGUGUGAAUUUGUAUUUAUCUAUUUGUUUAUUU